AUGCCCUCCUCAAUUACAGGAACAAGAUACUUCGCUCGUCCAAAGUCCCUCGACGAGACCCUGAAUCAAGCCGCUAAUCCUCUCCAGAACGGGCAACACGGGCUACUACGCCCUUGCUCUGUUGCAAUGGGCCAGUCAGAGGAUGAGCGCUCCCUCGAAGCGGCUAAAGGUGUCACAGACUCCUACUCAAGGCGUGAGAACAACCCAAUCGAGAGGAGAGACCCCCCAAGACCUGGCAUCACAUUUGCCGCGCAGGAUAAACUGCCCAAACUACCAAUCCCCGACUUGGAGGCCACCAUGAAGAAAUACCUCGACGCCUUGGCCCCCCUGCAGUCCCCACAUGAGCACAACGACACCAAAGCUGCCGUCCGCGACUUUAUCGAGAACGAUGGCCGCGAGUUGCAAGAUCGUUUGAAGAAAUACUCGACAGGCAAGACCAGUUAUAUUGAACAGUUCUGGUAUGACUCGUAUCUCAAUUAUGACAAUCCAGUCGUUUUGAACUUGAACCCUUUCUUCUUAUUGGAAGACGAUCCCACCCCUGCAAGAAACAACCAAGUCACUCGAGCUGCCUCAUUGGUCAUCUCUGCCCUAUGCUUUGUCCGAGCCGUCAGGAAAGAAGAGCUGCCCCCCGACACACUUAGAGGGACCCCUCUUGACAUGUAUCAAUACUCAAGGCUAUUUGGUACCGCACGAGUCCCUACCGACAAUGGCUGUAUCAUUGGCCAGGAUUCUGACUCGAAGCAUGUCGUCGUGAUGUGUCGUGGUCAGGUCUAUUGGUUUGACGUUCUCGACCAAAAUAAUGAUCUCAUCAUGACCGAGAAGGAUCUUGCCAUCAAUUUGCAAGUCAUUGUCGACGAUGCCGAACAAACCCCCAUCCGGGAAGCUGCCAAAGGUGCUGUAGGAGUUCUCACUACCGAGAAUCGAAAAAUCUGGUCUGGACUGCGGGAACUCUUAACACGAGAAGAAGGUUCCAACAACGCCGAAUGCCUUGGCAUCGUUGACUCAGCCUUGUUCGUCGUGUGUCUGGACUACACAGAGCCGUCAGACGUCUCUCAGCUAUGUGGAAACAUGCUCUGCGGCACAAAUGAAAUCGUCCAGGGCGUCCAAGUCGGCACCUGUACCAAUCGCUGGUAUGACAAAUUGCAAAUCAUCGUCUGCAAAAAUGGGAGUGCGGGCAUCAACUUUGAGCACACUGGCGUGGAUGGUCACACCGUCUUGCGGUUUGCUAGCGAUGUCUACACUGACACCAUUCUGAGAUUCGCCAAAUCAAUCAACGGUCAAGCCCCCACAAUGUGGACAAGUCAAAGUCCCGACCCCUCGAAACGUGAUCCUCACAGCUUUGGUGAUGUCAGUACCACUCCUCACAAACUCGAAUGGGAUAUGAUUCCGGAGCUCCAGAUUGCCCUACGUUUCGCUGAGACGCGUUUGGCCGAUUUGAUUAACCAGAACGAAUUUCAGACCUUGGAUUUCACCGGCUAUGGUAAAAACUUCAUCACAUCUAUGGGCUUUUCUCCCGAUGCCUUUGUGCAAAUGGCUUUCCAAGCAGCUUAUUAUGGCUUGUACGGCCGUGUCGAAAACACGUAUGAGCCUGCCAUGACCAAGAUGUACUUUCAUGGCCGAACUGAAGCUAUUCGAAGUGUGACACCCGAGAGCGUGGAUUACGUCAAAACGUUCUGGGCAGAUAAUGCCGCGCAGAAAAAGGUAGAUGCACUCAAGGCUGCCACAACCAAGCACACCGCCAACACGCGAGAGAGCAGCAAAGCUCAAGGUCAAGACCGUCAUCUAUAUGCAUUGUAUUGUGUAUGGCAGCGCAAGGUCAACGAUGAAGGGGCUGAGGCAGCGAGUACGACCGGCUUCAGCUCCAAUGGUUGUUCCAGCCCUGGCGACUACUCUGAUGCGGGAAGCCCCAGAAGACUGGAAGACAUUUCCACAUCCCCCGGAGUUCGUUCGCGAGCAGGCACCGAUGCCAGUCGCUCACCAGCCCCUCCACUAAGUCAGAUGCCACCUCUCUUCAGCGAUGCGGGAUGGGAAAGAAUCAACAAUACCAUUCUUAGCACCUCCAACUGUGGUAAUCCAGCACUGCGACAUUUUGGAUUUGGUCCUGUCUCUGGCGAUGGAUUUGGCAUUGGCUAUAUCAUCAAGGACGACUCUAUCGCCGUCUGUGCCAGCAGUAAGCACCGUCAAACCAAGAGAUUCGUUGAUAGCCUUGAAUCAUACCUGAACGAGGUCCGGAGACUGCUUCGGUCUGUUCGAACCAAGGAUAUGGCGGCUGCCCAACUCACAAAGGCGCGGGAGGUCGAGGACAAAGCAGGCAAAGAUGGCCGACUUAAAUCGCGGGGUCGCGUUAUCAAAACAGACCCGUCCAAGGUCGAUGGAGUCCAGACACCUACCAGCAUGGACACGGCAGAAGUCGAAGAUGAUGGUCUAGGUGGAUAUGGAUUCUUCGACGCUGGCAUGCUGUUACAGGCAUUGAAGAAAGACCAACCAACUCCUGCCGACCAAAUAGCACAAAAACGUCGCACCGUUGGCAAGAAGCUUGCACUCACAGAAUAUUGAUGAAUGGGUGACGCUGCACAAGUGUACACAAAGGCAGUUGAGGGUGUCACCAAGGCGCAUUUUCCGGUGAUGCGUCUUCUGGUUGGUUACCGAUGGGCAAAUCGGAGAUGAAUAAUCAUUGCAGGCUACCACAAGGAAGCUCUGGUUCAAGGGCGAUGGGGACGCGAUGAUGUGCAUGCAGCAUGACCCAAAGUCGGGGAGACCCCGUGUUCGUGUUGGGUGUGCCUGGAUGGUCAAGCGAGCCAAUUGGUGGCAGCGAAUGACACAGGUCAUGGGCCAUGGCAAAGAAGAAAUGUACGGAGUAAGUAGUGCAAUCCAAGGUGGGAUCCUGGCGCAGAGCUAAUGACAUACGCCAUGGCGAGCUUGGUUGGUGUCCCUGGUCGAAACUUUGGAAAGGCAUAAUGGUGGAUUGUGAUAAUGUCUGGCCGAUUUGCUUGAUAUAGACAUCUCACAUAUUACCACUGAGCCUGGCACCUGCACAACAUGUUUUUUAUACAAGGCUGUAAUUCAGGGUUGUUCCUUCUUGUCUUUG